AUGGCCCUCCAAGCCUACCGCGGCCUCCUGCGCUCCGCCCGGAUCGCCUUUCAAGGCGAUCUCCAGGUCCUGAACGCCGCCCGCUUCGAGAUUCGCGACAAGUUUGAUGCCAACCGCGCACUUGCCACCGGCAGCAAGGAGCAACAAGCCUCCAUCGAGCAUGCAAACGCCGUGGCCACGAUUCUGAGGGAGAACGUUGUUCAAGGUCAAGCACAGGACGAGAACAACUACAAGCUCAAAAUCCACGAGCACACCGAGCGUGGCGACAAUGAGUCGAUCAAGUUUGCUGGCAAGAACACUUUGGCUGGCGUGAAAUGCUGUUCAGCAUGA